AUGUCAAAACCCUCGGAAGCUAGAGUAGGUAGAGAUCUUCAACGUUACAACGAAGAAACGGGGGCUCGUAUGGUCGCAGGCUGUAUCUGUCUCAAUGAAUCAAAAGAUAAAUUGGUUAUGAUUCUGUCUUCGUCGCAUGAAGGAAGGUGGGUUUUACCCAAAGGAGGUAUUGAGUUGGACGAAACAGACGAUUUUGCUGUAACCGCAGCCAGAGAAACCUGGGAAGAAGCUGGAGUCGAAGGAAAGAUCACUAAGAAGCUCCCUAUAGUUUUGGAUUCUCGUGGAAAAAAAGCUCCUGUUAUAAAAGGAGAAUUUGAUCCCCACGUAAUGGUCCCCAAAACAGAGUUUCAUUUCUACGAAAUGAUCGUAGACAAUUUGGGAACUAAAUGGCCGGAAUCACAUAAGAGGGACAGAAGGUGGUGUACUUAUUCGGAAGCUAAACAUGAAUUGACUAAGAGUAAAAGACCGGAGUUGAUUGAAGCAUUGAACUUCACUUCUAUCAUUAGAGACGGCAUCGACGGAAAUGAAGAUGAUUAUUAG